AUGUGUGCCCGAGAAAUACACAUGAACCACCCUGAUCGAGAUGUUCAGCUUACCGACGAAGACGUGCAAACGGUGAAAAAAUGCAGAGAUUUAUCUUUUUGGUUCGGCAGCGUUCCUUUCACUAUUGGAUCAUGUGUUGCUGUUGGUGUAUUUCAUAACAUGGGGUUUUUCGCCAACAGGCCUAAACUUCUAGUCCCAAGCUAUUUUUUCGCAUCCAUUUUCGGUUUUUUGGGAGGCAAAUUGUCUUACAUGAAUAAGUGUAAACAGAUGUUCUUGGAUUUGAACGACAGUCGUAUAAAAGAUUAUAUACUUCAAUCAAAGGGGUUUCCCCCAUUGAAUCCGGCUCCAGAUUCUCCGCUGAUUGUCAACACACCAGUCAAACCGGAUGAAGGUGCCUCCAAACCCAUGACAUACGCUGAGCGCAGGGCUUAUUUUCGGAAUCAUCCGGAAAGUUUACGUCCUAAACCUCAGACGACGCCCUCACAAGAAGAGCCGUCACCCGACAGGCACGAUGAGGGUUUGUCUAUUUUUAAUGAUGAUCGACCUUCCGGAUCCUUUCAAUUCGAUGAUAUUUAUAGGCCCCGCGACUAGACUCGAUCGCAUUACUUUCUUUUCAAUGAGCCACUACUUCGCUCACAGAUUACAUGAAUCUGUUCUCUACCAUGCGUGUGAUGGACAAUAUGAUUCUGCUCUGUGCCUUUUACCUUGGUGAAAUUGGUUGAAUUUUCAGCAGUUGUACCUAGCUUAGAACCUCCUUAUUAUCGAGCACACUUCGUUACAGCGCUCCUCUGAGCCUGACUGGAAAAAUACGCUCGUCUGUUUCUGCUUACGCCCAUGUCCGAUUGACCUUCGACGGGGCUCACCAGUGGCUGAUACUUCAGGAUACUUUUUAUACAUCUUGUUCAAAAGUAUUCGGAUAAAUUGUUGCAGUUUCUCA